AUGACCGAGCUGGGGCAGAUGAAGGAAAAUGUUGAAGAUCUCCCGUCUAUUUACUCGACGGCCCCAUUCUGGACAGUCAUGCAAGAUGAUUAUGUCGAACGUGUUAUUGACUUGAGGUCGACAAGCCCCGAAGACGCUCUCAACACACCAUCAAGCACUAUUCAAUCGGGUGAGACUGUUUCGUGUGUAUUGGACGCUGGAUUAUCAGUUGCGGAAAUGAAACAGCUGAUGAAGAUAUUCUGCACGCGACUGUUACCUUCAAUACCAAUCUUUACUAAAGAUGAUUUCGAAAAUCCAGAUUUGUUGAUCGAGGAAGAGCCAGAACUGGUGCAUUCAAUAUGCUACGUCACCUCAAGAUAUCUGCCCGGGGGCUUGUCAACUGUCCAGUCAGUCUAUCCACUUGUCAUGCGAUUCGUACAGGAAAGGUUUGCCGGCGCCUCAUGGUCCGGGAAGGCAAAUAUCGGACAUUUUAGGGCCCUGGUGAUUCUCUACGCCUUCUCCGAGGCUGCUCAUUGCAACGUUCAUUCAACGCAUUCCCCAUACAUGUUGUCGGCGCAGCUUAUCAAGACUGUAACGGAAAUGUACGGGACGCAACUGGGGCUUCACAGAUCCAUUGAUGGUAUUAGAGCUAUACUGAGCUUACCACGCAACGAGCUGGCAUCUAACAUUAGCUACAAGAGAUAUAGUUAUUGGCUGUGGCUGUUUACCAUGUCUCAUCAGACUCCACCAAGUAUUAGAAGCGACUAUUCUAUACGUUCAGCGCCUGAAAUAUUUGCAAGAGCAAAUAUUAGCCCUCGCCUGCAUCGUCUAUUGGGUGAAGUCGAGCUUUGCUUGCUUUGGGAAAAGGCGAAUACCCUCGAUUCCGGAAUAGGCGAGUGGUGGUGUCCAUCCGAAGUAGCAGCUCCCAAGGCAUCUCAGUCGUCGCCAUCGGCCAUAGUUACCAUUUUAACGCACGAUUUGGCCGCAUGGAGAGCCAAAUACUCGUCCUUUAUUGAACAGGGAGGGUUUGGAGUCGGACUCGACUUUCACCAUCGGUUCUCGCAGUUUUGUCUCAGUACAUAUGCCGUAUGCCAUUUUGCGCACGCUAAUAAUAACGAUGAGCGACACCUCUUAACUAAAGCCACGCUUGGCCAUGCCGUCGAAGUUCUAUCUUGGCUUCAACACCUUGGCCCAGUAGCUCAGGAUAGCCUCCGCUAUAUCAGCGACUUUGCAUUCAUCAUGCUGCUCUUUGCAUGCGCUUUUAUUCUACAAGCGUGCGAAUCGCACCAAAUGGCUCAUGAAGAAAGACAGAGUAAACUCCUAACAGUAUCAGCAACGGCCAAGCUGUUGGUUGAGCUAGGAAUUCACGCAUUUCACUUUCCUUCAAUUUUCGGAAAGUCGCUGCAGAAGCGAUUGGACAAUCUUCAAUCAAGCGGCUGUGAUGAUGAGAAAGUAGAGGGACUGAUGGAAAAUCCUUGCUCAGAAGUCCCACACAUGUGGACAGAUUACUAUUCCACUGCCUUUGGAGAUGGUCCAUAUCUGAAUGAGACUGGAGACUCUGAAGUUCUAUUUGGCGAAUUAUUAAAUAUGCAUAACCUCAAUUGGUACGACGUAUUACAAUGA